UCUGCUCUCACACUUCUCACCCCCCAUCUGUUUCUAGGUCUGUCCCAGCCGGACGCCCCAGCCAUGGGCAGAGCCCUGCUGCCACAGCACGACGUCGGGGAAAGGGAGCUCCCGCCUCAGGGCCCCCUCUGGAGAGCAGGGGGUCCUGCCACGCUGAGAGUCCUGAUCCUCGCCCUGCUCUGGAGGGGGUCCCUGUCCCAGCCACCUGGAUUUACCCUGGCGGUGCCGCAGUCGGUGUCAGUGCAGGAGGGUCUCUGCGUUCUUGUCCCCUGCACCUUCACGUACCCAGCCUCGUACGACACCGACAAUCCCUCGGCCCAGCUAUACGGACAAUGGUACAAGCAGCCUGCUACUGUGGGCCAGGAUCCUCCUGUGGCCUGCAGUGUCCCCAUCGGGAAUGUGUCGCUAGAGACCCAGGGCCGGUUCCGGCUGACGGGGGAUCCAGCGCUCGGCGAUUGCUCCCUGCAAAUCAGUGAUGCCCGACGGAGGGAUGCAGGGAGAUAUUUCCUUUACAUCGAGAAAGGCAUGUUAGAUCACACUUACCGCUCCAAUUCCGAUGGCACUGCCCCUGCGCUCACGAUCUCCGUGGGAGAGUUGACGGAGGAGCCAGAGAUCAAGAUCUCGCCGGCGCGGGGGCUGCCAGGGACGUUGCUGGCUGGGGAGCCGGUGAAUGUGACCUGCACGGCCCCUGGGCGCUGCUCCGGGACCCCUCCCCAAGUCACCUGGACGGGGCCGUUCAGUGACACAGCUCGGAAUGUCUCAGCCCAGCUGGCGAAUGGCACCUGGGCCCACAGCUCCGAGCUCCGCUUCACACCCGGCCUGGGGGACGAUGGCAAAGAGCUCGUCUGCACCGUCACCUACAGCUCAGCACAGGGACCUUCCACCAGCAGAACCAUCCGGCUCCACGUAGGCUACCCACCCGAGCCCCCCAACAUCACCGGGACCCUGACCAGGAACAGACGCCCCGUGCCAGAUGCCCGGGGAGCUGAGGGCGAUGUUGUGUCUCUGGAGACCCAGGAGGGUGACUCCCUGAGUCUGAGCUGUGAGGCUCGGAGCAGACCUGAUGCCACCCUGAGCUGGGCCAAGGGGAACGAGUCCCUGAGCACCGGUCAGGGAGGGGCUGGGCGCCUGGAGCUGCCGAAUCUCAGCCGAGGGGAUGCUGGGGAGUAUCGGUGCUGGGCGAAGAAUUCCUACGGAUCUGCCAGCCGGGCCCUGCAUGUGCACAUGCAGUACAGCCCCCGGCCAGGGACCAGACUGAACUCGUCCUGCCAGUGCCAGGGGCUCAGCAUCAGCUGCAGCUGCUCCUUGCGCUCCCACACCCCACCCCGGCUCCAGUGGCAGGUGGACGGCGAGCCCCUGGCUGGGAACGGCUCACAGGGGGCCCUGCAGAUCAGCUUGUGGGCCCAGGGGGACGAGACUGUCAGAAAAGUGUAG